GGAGCAGGUGGACUGGACGGAGCAGGGCGGGGCUCUGGGCUCAGCUACAGGAAGGAAGGCCAGCCACUCCAGCUAUAUAACCGACGCUCGAGAGCCGGCUCCACGAGUCAGUGUGCAACUGCUGUCCAGCUACCACCUUUCUUUCAACAGGACUAGGAUCAUCGAACUGGAGUCAUGAUAAACAGAGCCGUUCUAAUCUUUGUCCUGAUGAGUGCGAUGCUCAAGGUGGAAGGAAAUUCGCAUCACCAACCUGCAAGCACCAAGCCACACAUUGUUGUCAUAUUGGCUGAUGAUUUGGGUUGGAACGAUGUCAGUUUCCACGGUUCGGACCAGAUUCCCACUCCUAACAUAGACGCGCUGGCUUACAAUGGAGUCAUUCUGAACAGUCACUAUGUGCCAGCUCUGUGCACUCCUUCGCGAGCUUCACUAAUGACUGGAAAAUACCCCAUUCACACAGGAAUGCAGCACCUUGUAAUCCUGGAGGCAGAGCCAUGGGGCCUCUCUCUGCAAGAACAGCUGAUGCCACAGUACCUGAAGAAGCAGGGCUACAGCACCCAUGCUCUCGGCAAGUGGCAUCUGGGUUUCUUCCGCAAGGAGUACACUCCCACCUACCGCGGUUUCGAUUCACACUUCGGAUACUACCAAGGAUUCCAAGACUACUACGAUCAUUCUGUCAAGGCAACUUUUGCCCCCUACGACGGCUACGACAUGAGGCGGAACAACACGGUAGACUGGUCGGCGCAAGGCAAGUACUCGACCGACCUGUUCACCGAGGAGGCGGUGAGGAUCAUCGACAACCACCAGAGCGACCAGUCGUCACUGUUCCUGUACGUGGCCCACCUGGCGCCCCACACCGGCAACCGGCGCGACCCCUUCCAGGCGCCGGACGACGAAAUCGCCAAGUUUGCUCACAUCCAAGACCCCGAGCGCAGAGUUUAUGCUGCAAUGGUUUCCAAGUUGGACGAGAGUGUGGGGAAGAUAGUGGCCGCCCUCAGAACCAAAGGAAUGCUGGACAAUUCAGUGAUUCUCUUCAUGUCCGAUAACGGUGCUCCCACUUUUGGAAUCCACUCAAACCGCGGAUCAAACUAUCCAUUGAGAGGUAUCAAGGAAACACCAUGGGAGGGAGCAGUUCGUGGUGUAGCGGCAGUGUGGAGUCCAUUGAUGAAGAACACUCAGAGAGUAAGCAAUCAGUUGAUGCACAUUGUUGAUUGGCUGCCAACAUUCUAUGCAAUGACUGGAGGAGAUGUCCAAGAUUUGGGAGAGAUAGACGGAAUGAACAUGUGGCCCAUGAUAUCUGAAGAAGUGCCUUCACCGCGAACCGAACUCCUUCACAAUAUCGACGAUAUUGGAGAUGUGUACGCUGCUCUGAGACGAGGAGACUGGAAGUACAUCAAAGGACGAGUUCACAAAGGAGUAGCUGAUGCGUGGUAUGGUGAAACUGGACGGAAUAUGGGCGUCGGAUACAAUGCUAAGGCUGUUAUGAACUCACUGGUGGGAUCCACUUUGGCUGGAUUCAUCACCAAAAAGCAGAUCAUGGAAAAGAUAGCGAAGCAGGGUGACGGACACUCAUUUUCAGCCUCAGCCAGUAGCAAAGAAACAAGCAAAUGGAAACUACUCCAAGAAGAGACCGUACACCGUCUUCGAGGUGAUGCUGAAAUAAUCUGUGGUGGCUCAAACACAAACAAGACAAACAGCAACCAAUCAGCAUGUGAACCGCACAAAGCUCCUUGCUUGUUCAACAUUCGGGACGAUCCAUGCGAGCAGAUCAACUUGGCGAGGGACCGUCCACUGGUUCUUCUCAGCCUUGAAGAGUCUUUAGCAAGUUAUAGGAAGACAGUAGUGGUGGCGCGCAACAUCCCCAGCGAUCCUGAAGCCGACCCUGGCCUGUGGAAUAACACCUGGGUCAGCUGGCAUGAUGAGCUCGACAUGUUGACAGACCUCGACAUCACUUCUGAAAGUACAAAGCAGCAGCGUCUCUUGUUCUUCAUGUUCACCAUAGUGACGUCAGUGAUAAUCAUUUUGUCCCUCCUCAUGUUCCUUGUUCGCUCUGUCAGUCCAUCAAUAAAAAUCGCAUCUUUCCCCAGUGAAGCUAUCAACGUUAUUAAUGUAUUCAAAAUAUCUGGAUAUUCAAACACUGCAAAAGAUGAGAAGCUUGAUUCUGAACAAGAAUAUAAAUGAUUAUAAUAAGAAUCCAUUAAAGAGACGAUCAAAGUAUAAUAUUGUGAGGGAUGCUUCAUUCUAUAAACAAUAAAUUGAAUCUCUGUUUAUUUUUCAUGUUGUACGUAGAAAAACAAAUUCUGAAAUGGAAGGUUGAAGAUAGUCAAUUCUGUGAAUUGGUUGAGCAACAAUUCCCCAAAGAAUCUAUAUUUUUCUUACUAAUCGAUUCCCUUCAAUAUUAUGUUAUUGAUUCUGUAUCAUCUCUUCAUAUUAAUUAUUAUACAGUUCCAUGCAUAGUGUUUAAGUAAUUUAGUGUCUAUUUUUUAUUUAUUGUAAAUUAUUUGUUUAUUUAAUGUAAGUUAACAUUAAUUGGGUAUUGUGACUGUGAUAUUUUACAUAAUUAUUUGUACACCCAAAUGUUAAGAAAGCGCUUUAUGUUAAACUACUAAAUUCAUCCUCUAUUUUUCCAAUCAUGCGCUUUCAAUGAGAAGGAGUUGAUAAUGAAAUUAGUUUUAGAGUAGGCCUAGAGAAUUUAGUAAUUGCUAGUACAACAAUGUAGUUGAUCUUUCCUCGCAGAGGAUAAUGAUGAAAGAGAAUCAGAAGAAGUGGGUACCUAAUAAUAAAUUAAUUACUGUGAAUCACUUUCUAUGAUCUUAAAUUAUUUUUAGUGAUCAAGAUUAAUAAACGGGUACAAAUGUAAUUUCUUAGUGAUUCAGUGUACGUUUAUGAAGAAAAUAAUGAUACAUUUCAAGUAUUCAAUAUUGAUACUGUAUUUUCAUUGAGAAAACUAAUUAAUUGAAAUAAUGGAUUUCUAUGAAAUAUUAUUGAAUAAUCUAGCACGAAAUCUCUCAUUGGGAUGAAGUGAAACUCUAGAAGGCACACAUUCACUCUUAAUUUUAUAUCCACACAUUUUUUGGCUAGUUUGCUUUUAUCUGAAAAUUGAAUGAACGCUCUUUGUAAGCCAAUGGCAUUUUUUGAGAAAUAUGAUUCUGUAAACUCUAAUUAAUUUGCAUCAAUCUGUCGCGUACAUCAAUGAAACUCAUUUGUGUAUACUGUAAUCUAUUUUUUGAAAUUUUCAAUGAUUAAAAAUGAUGUUUUGUUGUAAAUAAACAUUUCAUUUCUAUUUUA